CUCAACUCUCUGCCCGUGGACUCAACCUCUUCCCUAAACCUUCGUCCAGCUUCCGGUCCAAACAGCACCAUUGAGCUGCCCACGCCUCGCGAUCGCGGCAUUUGAACUAUUCCACGCCGGCCGACAAGCUUCUACUCCUACUUCAUAGGUCUGCGCCAUCUCCAGAAGCAUCGUCAUCGCGACAUCGAUCCCUUUCCCCCUGGGGGGACCAGGCAAUGGCCCAUCACUGAGCGCCCGUUACUACUACCACUCGCCUCGAAUCGUCUCAACCCCAACCAGUACAGCACACGAUCCAGACCCAGCGAACGGAACGAGCGAGCGAGCGACCCAAAGGGCAGCAGUCCGAAUCCAAAACAACGAAGAAGGCGAAAACAAAGCCCAAAACCGCCCGUGAUGAUCACCACGGCCGCCCCGCGCCUGCGCAUCCGCCGGCCCUCCCCCACGGCCGCCGAGUUCACCGUCACGACGCUCCCGCCGCCGACGCUCGCCCUGCGGCUCCUCGGCGCGCUCCUCCUGGCGCUGCGCCUGGGCCUCGCCCUCGCGACGCUGCUGCUCCUGCGCGCGCGCUGGACCACGUGCCCGCUCGCCGCGCCGCGGCCCGCCUCGCCGCGCGCGCCGCCCCCGUCGCCCCUCUCCGCCGACGCGCUGUGGUGGGCGCUCGACGCGUGGGACCGUGCGCCCGCGGGAGGCGAGGCCCUCGCGCGGCUCGCCUCGCGGGCGCCCCUGCCGCUGCUGCUGGCGGGCGCGGCGGCCGCGCUGUACCUGGUCGGCCUGCGCGCGCACCGCUCCGAGUCGCUGCUGGUGCUUCGCGGCCUGGGCGUGCAGACGACCGAGUCGGCGGGCACGUGGUUCUCGGGCGCGGCCACGCGCUUCAUCCCCACGGAGAAGAUCCAGGACAUUCUCGUCAACGAGGCGUUUCGCCGCUUCGAGGUCCGCUACUAUCUCGUCGUGGUCGUCGAGGGCGAGGAGGAUGUCGUCGUCGUGUUUCCGGGCCUGCUGCCCAGGCGUGGCAUCGUCGAGGCCGUGUGGAGAGGCGCGAGGGAGUGCCUGUACGAGGGGCGCGCUGAGGAUAGCAGCAAGGGGCAGUCGGUGUGAGCGAGGGAGAGCUGAGGGCGUGUGGUCUGUUUUGCGCAGGGUGGAUGAAGCGGGAUGAAGAAUUACACAUAUGAUACCCCCCUUGUUUUUUUUUCUGAGCGAUCAUGGGCUCUGCAUCUGCUUUAGACCGUGGAGCUUUCCCCAUCAGUACUACUAGACGUGAAAGGACGAAUACACAAGGCGACACCAUGUUGUCUCUUGAGCAC